GGGACGAUCCGACGGGCUUCUCCUGCGGGGAAUCAUGCUGACUGAACCUGAUGUGUGUGCUGGGGUUGCAGACUGUAACACCCCUCAGGUGUAUCUGAAAUCUUAUACUACUUUUUCCAAUGAUGCCUCCUUGAAUGAAGUGCAAGUGGGAUCCUGCUCUAGUUGGGUGGAGAACGCCAUCCAAACUCCUGAAGACUCUGAGCGGAAUCAAGAAAAGGAAACUCAGGAGGAACCAUCUCAACUAAAAAUGAGUAAAGGGAAAGCUGUUCCGGGUCUGUGGACCACUCAACGCAACGGAGAAGUCUCCCUGCGGCUGGAGGAGUAUGAGAUUGCCAAUGUUCCUCCAAAGACUGUUCAUGAAAUGUUUGAAGAAUCUGUCAGGAGAUAUGGCAACUACAUAGCUCUCGGGUCGAAGAAGGGAGAUAGUUGGCACAAGUUAACUUACAAGCAAUACUACAUGGAAUGCCGAAAGGCUGCCAGAGCCUUCCUUAAGUUGGGAUUGGAGCGCUAUCAUGGUGUUGGAAUCCUGGGAUUUAAUUCAGCCGAAUGGCUUAUUGCUGAUGUUGGAGCCAUUUUGGCAGGAGGCUUGGCUGUCGGCAUCUAUACGACCAACUCUGCCGAAGCCUGUCAUUACGUUGCGGAACACUCUGAGGCCAACAUUCUGGUUGUGGAAAACGACAAGCAGCUUCAAAAAAUCCUGGAGGUUCAGAGCAGGUUGAAGCACCUGAAAGCCAUUGUCCAGUACCAAGAAGAGGUUAAAGAGAAGAGACCAAAUUUGUAUUCUUGGGCUGAGUUUCUCGCUCUUGCUGACGAGGUCCCAGACUCCCAGCUUGACCAAAUCAUUGAAAGCCAGAAGCCUACUCAGUGCUGCAUGUUGAUCUACACUUCAGGAACCACAGGGCAGCCAAAGGGAGUCAUGCUGAGCCAAGACAAUAUCACCUGGACCUCGUUGGCAGCCACCCAAGAUUUUCAACUGGGUUAUCCCCCAGAUAACCAAGAGGCUGUGGUGAGCUAUCUGCCCCUCAGCCACAUAGCAGCGCAGAUGAUGGAUGUCUGGUUACCGAUGAAGGUCGGAGCCUCCACCUACUUUGCCCAGCCGGAUGCACUGAAGGGCUCACUGGUGGAGACGUUACGGGAAGUGAGACCUACGUGUUUCUUGGGGGUCCCGCGUGUCUGGGAAAAAAUGGAGGAGAAGAUGAAGGCUACUGGUGCCAAAUCCUCUGCCCUUAAAAGGAAAGUGGCUGUAUGGGCGAAGGAAGUUGGCUUGCAAACAAACCUAAGACGGAUGAAUGGGUCAACUGAGCUUUCUGUGAACUUCCGUCUGGCAAAGCACUUCGUGUAUAAGAAGGUGAAGAAGGCUCUGGGCCUGGACCGCUGCCGCCUGUGUUUCAGUGGGGCUGCUCCCAUGACUAAAGAGACUAUCGAAUUCUUCUUGAGUCUUAACAUUCCCAUCUGUGAGCUGUAUGGCAUGAGUGAGAGUACUGGACCACAUUCCGUCUCCAGGCCAAGUUCCUUUAAAAUUAUGAGCUGUGGGAAAUCGAUGCUUGGCUGCAAGACCAAACUCCAUAAUGUGGAUGCAGAAGAAACUGGAGAGAUCUGCUUCUGGGGCAGACACGUCUUUAUGGGCUAUCUGAACAUGGAGGACAAGACUAAAGAGGUCCUAGACACGAAGGGUUGGUUGCAGUCUGGAGACUUGGGAAAGCAGGACAAGAAUGGAUUCCUGUACAUCACUGGCAGGAUUAAAGAACUCAUCAUUACUGCUGGUGGUGAGAAUGUCCCUCCAGUUCCAAUUGAGGAUUUAGUCAAAGAACAACUUCCAAUUAUUAGUUAUGCCAUGUUGGUUGGGGACAAGGCCAAGUUCCUGAGCAUGCUUUUAACACUCAAGUGCCAGGUUCAUCCAGAUACCAGCGAGCCAGAGGACCUGCUCACCCCGGAAGCUGUCGAGUACUGUCACAAGCUGGGUAGCAAGGCUACCAAAGUGUCGGAUAUUGUGGGUGGCAAGGACAAGCUGGUCUUCGCAGCGAUACAGAAGGGCAUUGAUGCGGUCAAUGAAAAGGCCAUCUCCAAUGCCCAGAAGAUUCAGAAGUGGACCAUCUUGGAGAAGGACUUCUCAGUUUUCGGCGGCGAACUAGGUCCAACCAUGAAACUGAAGAGGCCAAUUGUGGUGAAGAUGUACAAAGACCAAAUCAAUAGCUUCUACUCUGAGUAGCCACAGUUUCUCAUGAUGGAAGUAAAUAGAAAGCUCCACAAGGAUGAUGUUACCCAAGCCGAGCUGGAUCCAGCAGUGGAGAAAAGAUCCCAACAGUUGUUCAUAGGCUAGUCAGCAGAUACAUCCUCUAGUUCCACCUCCCAUAUCAAUAAAACAGGCUUGAAG